GUACACUUUGAAAGGUUUGACUCACAAAGGCAUCCGUAGAGUGAUCUUGUGACUAGCUAACCCGGAAGUGUGAGUGCCGGUACAGAGGAGAGUGUUGCAGGGAGGGACAGAUGUGGUAAAAAGCUUGCACUGCAGCUGCAUUGUAUGCUUUUUGCUGUAACACAAGAUGCCAGAGCGUUUCUUCUGCACUGCGGGCCGGGGCAUGGAAUGUUUUGUGACAGAGGAAGUGACACAAAAAUUAUCUGCCACAGAGGUUGAAACAGUGUCAGGAAAAGUACUUUUUACAGCUGAACCAGAUUUAUGCAGACUAAGGUUUAUAAAAUCCGGUGAAAGAUUAUUUCUUCUACUGAAAAAAGGUUCUCCAUUAUCUCUUCCAAAAAACAAAGGUAAAGCAUGCUCAGCAUUACGGGAGUAUGUCAUUGGAGAGCCUCACAUGUGGCUACAUUGCCUUUCUGUAUGGCAAAACCUUCAGGGGCAAUUACAGCAACAUCAACAUAUCUGUGGAAAGGUUGGGAUAGCUUCCAAAAGGAAAUCGGGGAGUGUUUCAGAAUUCCACAUAUCAAAAUAUAGAAAGCAAGAUAGCACAGUCGGGGACAAAGUGUGUACUUUCCAGGACCCAACACACAAGAACAUGUCCCAAGCUGAAGACCAGAAUCUCAUGGACAUUGAAGAACUGAAUGCUACAGAACAACAGCUGCUCCCAAAACCACACAAGAAUACCCAUCCUAUUACCUUCAGGGUUUCGUGCCGCUGUUCUGGGGCAACUGCCAAAGUUUUUACACCACAGGAGGUGGGUGCUGUUAUUGGUGGAUCUAUAAUAAAACAGUUUGGCUGGAAACCUGAUCUCCGGAUGCCAAGUCUAGAGGUUUUUGUACAUUUGAAUGAUCUGUAUUCUGUGGUUGGGUUUCCAAUCUCCAGGCAACCUUUGGCAAAAAGAGACUAUAUAAGAAAUACAGGCCUAAGAUCUACUACAGCUUGGGCUAUGGGCACACUUGCUGAACUACAUGUAGGAGCACUUGUUCUGGAUCCUAUGUGUGGUGUGGGAACAAUAUUGUUGGAGGCUGCAAAAGAAUGGCCUUUUGGUCACUUCCUGGGUGUUGAUAAUAAUGAUUUACAGCUCGAAAGUGCAGUUUCCAAUGUAAAGGGGGCUGGUCUUGAUGGCGCUAUAGAGUUACUCAAAGGUUCCGUUCUAGAUCUGCCAUUUGUCUCUGAAAGUAUGGAUGCAGUGAUUUGCGAUAUUCCCUUUGGAAGAAAGUUCACGUCCUCGAAAAAUAUGAAAGAUCUUCUUCCAGAUAUCAUUCGAGAAAUGCAAAGAGUUGUGCGUGUAGGAGGGGCAAUUGUGUUACUGCUCAGCCAGUGUCUUCAUCAUCACCUGAAAGUCAACUUUCACUUCGGUGCUACUGACAAUAAAAACAUCACUCACAGUGGUAACAAUUCCGUUUCUGAGGAGAAUGGGGAUAAAGAAGCUAAUAAAAGAGAUAUUCUCAGCAGAACUCAUUGGUUUGAUUCUUUGAUUGCACUUGAGUCACAUUCCGUAAGCCUUGGAGUAACUGAAGCUGUGAUAUUCAAAUGUAAAAAAGCCCCUCCCUCUUUGUCCUUGUAACCCAUUUGUGAAAUCAAAGACUGAUUUUUUCAUGGACACUGUUUGCUUAGUCAACAAUAUAUAUUUUUUAUAACCUAUGUGCUAGGUAGACUUUUUAAGUCUCUUAUCUAAGUUAUUUAAUUGUGGCUUGGAAUGCAAUAAAUUCUUUAUUUUUAA